CCAGGCAACGCACCGACGCGUCCCUCCGCUGCAGCGUGGAGCAGUAACCAACAAAACGCAGUAGUUUCUCAGUCCUGCUUCUGACUAUGGCUUCACUACGCAACGCCCCCCCCAGGCUAAGGAACUACUUCAAGGACAACUACAUUCCUCAAAUCUGUGAGGCGCUGUUAUGUGGUUUACUUGUGACAUGCCCUGAGGACCCAUUGAAAUAUUUAGAGAGCAUGAUCCUAGCUAUCAUUGAAAAUGGUCUGGAAAACCUUCUUUGGGACAUGUGCAUUCACCCAUCACUGAAGCCAAAAGUUCGAAGACUGUCUGAAACUUACUUAGAUGAGCUUUUUGGACUGGAUGACCAGCUGAUGACUCCAGAGUUGAUGAUAAAAGCAUGCACAUUUUACACUGGCCAUUUAGUAAAGAGCCACUUCGGCGUUUGGAAGGAAAUUGCAAUACCUCAUGCAAAUCAAGAGGCUAUCAUGGCUGAGAAAAUGGACAAGGCAAUAGCCCACGACAAUUUCAGAUGCCAAAAACACAUUUUUAAUCGCUGGUUCUCCUACACAGUUAAGAGAAGAGAAAGGCUUAUAGCUACACUGCUCCGACUGCGCCAUUUGUUCUAUACGCAAAAACAAAGAAUUAUCCUAGCAAAAUGGAAGGAGAAAGCCAGGCACAAGAGCAAAAAAAGAGAAGAUGACUUGAUUACAAAACAUGAACUUCAGUUGAAAAAAUGGAAGUUCAAGCUAUCCUUGGAGAAACCGAUUAACAUUGAGGGAAGCUUCUCCGAUUUCGGGGUUACGGACAAGCGCAUAGUGUUUGACAUUUCAGUGCUACCCGACCAAGCAGUAGUCCAGAUUUUCGUGUACCUCACCUUUAAAGACUUGGUCUCGUGCAGUCAAGUCAACCGCUCCUGGAUGUCGAUGAUUCAGAGAGGCUCCUUGUGGAAUUCUAUUGAUUUUUCCACAGUAAAAAACAUUGCAGAUAGAUGUGUGGUGACCACUUUACAAAAGUGGCGUCUAAAUGUGCUGCGUUUAAACUUCCGAGGCUGCGUCUUACGAGCGAAAACCCUGAAAUCUGUCAGCCACUGUAAAAACUUGCAAGAGUUGAAUGUCUCCGACUGCCCGUCUUUCACAGAUGAAUCCAUGAGACACAUUUCCGAGGGCUGUCCUGGGGUCCUGUAUCUCAAUCUAUCCAACACAACCAUCACCAACAGGACAAUGCGACUCCUGCCCAGGUACUUCCACAACCUCCAGAACCUGAGUCUGGCUUACUGCCGAAAGUUCACCGACAAAGGCUUACAAUACCUGAACCUGGGGAAUGGAUGCCACAAGCUCAUCUAUCUGGACCUUUCCGGCUGCACCCAGAUCUCAGUCCAAGGCUUCCGGAACAUUGCGAACAGCUGCACGGGAAUCAUGCACCUGACCAUCAAUGACAUGCCAACGCUGACGGACAACUGUGUGAAAGUUUUGGUUGAGAAGUGUCCUCGUAUUUCAUCGGUGGUUUUUAUUGGCUCCCCACACAUCUCGGACUGUGCUUUCAAAGCUCUUUCUGCCUGUGACCUCAAAAAGAUCCGAUUCGAAGGAAACAAAAGGAUCACCGACGCGUGCUUUAAGUCGGUAGACAGGAACUACCCAGGCAUCAGUCACAUUUACAUGGUGGACUGCAAGGGGCUGACAGAUAGCAGCCUCAAGUCACUUUCAGUUUUGAAGCAAUUGACGGUGUUGAACUUGACAAAUUGCGUCAGGAUUGGCGAUAUCGGCCUGAGGCAAUUUUUCGACGGUCCUGCCAGUGUGAAACUAAGAGAGCUCAACUUGGCUAACUGCUCCCUGCUGGGCGACACCUCUGUCAUAAGACUGUCAGAGCGAUGCCCUAAUUUACACUACUUGAAUUUACGAAAUUGUGAACAUCUGACUGACUUGGCAAUUGAAUAUAUUGCAAGCAUGUUAUCCUUGAUAUCAAUAGAUCUUUCUGGAACACUCAUCUCCAAUGAGGGCCUGGCCAUACUUUCCAGACACAGAAAACUGAGGGAAGUCUCUCUGUCUGAGUGCGUCAACAUCACUGACUUUGGAAUUCGGGCGUUCUGUAAAACCUCGCUGGCCUUGGAACACUUGGAUGUCUCCUACUGCGCCCAGCUGACAGAUGACAUUAUAAAAACUAUAGCCAUUUUCUGCACUCGAAUUACAUCCCUUCACAUCGCUGGAUGCCCAAAGAUCACCGAUGGAGGGAUGGAGAUAUUAUCGGCAAGGUGCCAUUAUCUGCACAUUUUGGACAUCUCUGGCUGUGUCCAACUCACAGACCAGAUCCUCCAGGACCUUCAAAUAGGCUGCAAACAACUCCGGAUCCUCAAGAUGCAAUUCUGCAAGUCCAUCUCCUCUGGUACAAAGGCUUAUGGGAAUGGACAGCAAGCGAAUCUGUGAAACAGCCAAGUUUUAAGGUCUGCCUGCGCCAAGGACUCAAGCUGACUGCGGUGGGAGUGUGACUUCUAACUAAAUUUGGAGAUUUGUGGCAGCUGCAUGAAAGUUGGCUUCAGGAGUCUGACCCGAGUGUUUCCUGUGCACAGCUAGGGAAUCAUGAAAGUGGCAGCUGGCUUCUCACGGACUGCCAUCUGCAGGGGAGGAGAGGCCACGGGAAAACAUGCCCUGCCACACUAUGGAGAAAGCCAGCAGGUGGCUUCACGGUCAAACUUGUAAUGUCUUUUGAAAGCCGAGAAUGAGAGGCUGUUCACUCACCGAAGGAGGUAAACUUCAGACCAAGCAAUGGAAGGGAAGGGGUGGACAAUCAGGAAACCCACUAUGCAAGGAGGCGUAAUUGUGAGCAUUUUUAGCUGAAUUCUAACUCACGAUCUUUUGGGUAAUUUUGGCUACUUUUAUCAACUUUAUUUUUGGUCAUGAAAAUGUUUUUCUAAUUGCCGGAGUGAAAAGAAUUAUAAAAACUGCCUCACUGCUUCCUUGGCUUAACACACACACCACACAAAAUAUCCCUGCAUAUGAGACAUUCAGUCUGAUAUAAAUUCUGACUUCAUUAGGAGUGAAUUCUAAGGGGACAGUGACCAACCAAACACAGCUGACUUUUUAUUUCACAAAUUAGAAAGGAUAAACAGAGAUGGAAUAUUAAUACAAGGAGACUAUAACAUUUAGAAAAGUUUAUUUAAUAUCAGUGUUUAAUCAUUGAUUUAUCUAAAUCAAAAUACACAACCCAACCAACUGGUCUGCUCAAUACAGCACAGUUUUUCCCGUUACAGUUGACAUUUCUAAAGAAACAGACUCCAUGAAGUGAGUCUGUAAAGCACCUUUGUCCAAGGGCACUGCAUUUUCACUCUACAGCCCACAGAGUAAUGAUUCUUCCCAUUGUAACCACGGAGCUGCACUAAAACCAGUGGCAAGUGCUCUACCUACAGAAGGGUUUAACCACAAGCCGAAGACAGGGGUGCCACAGGAGGGACACACUGAGAGGAAACCUGUCACGUGGGGGUUACAAUACCCAGAAUUCUAAGGUGGCUCCAAUGACCACCACCUUUUCAUGACCAUCUCAAGUAGGAGCUGUGAAUACAAUGGGAUAUUCUCAUAAACAUGUUAAAUAUCUUGGCCAACAGAGAUUUUUACAGCUUACAAGUCAGACAUUCAGAGCGUCAGAGGACGACUCUGUGCUUUGCCUGCAGAGGGACCGUACAAGGAAGGAGGUGGACAUAGGGUUGUCUUUAGAGGAUGAGAAUGGAAUGAUAUCAUCCAGGUAUAAGAAAUUCGAUGUUUCCUGUUACAUGAAUGAACUUGGAAGAUUUCUCCACACAGCCCUCAGAGAAUAUCCUCAGCCUGGACAACACUUAUUCCAGCCACGUGAUACAAUGAGCAGGCCCGCAGCAUCACCCACUACAAUCAGGUGAGCAAUGUGCUAUCUGAAGUUAUUAAAUGUGUGGUAGAACUUGCCCCAUCCAAGGUUCUGCUUUUUAUUUCUUCAGUAAGUUUUAAGUUGUGUGUCCUGUGAAGUAGUAUGAGAAAACCUUAGGCUGUUGCAUUUGGGCUGUAAGGCAUUCUUUGCCCAGCAUGUGCAUGCUGUGUGUGCACAGUCUGUUAGUCACUCAGUAACUACUGAGGCCAUCCAACUGUUGCAGUAGCCAUGCAGUACCAGGGUUCAAGAAGUCCUUAUCUUAGAAAUGGCACUAAAGCAAGUACUUUAGGAAAAUGGUAAAAGUUCUCAAACUUAGUAAGCAAGACAAAAACAAAACAAAAACAAAAUACCCCAAUCCCAUCUGCUGAGGCUGCUAGGCCCUACAGUCAGGGUGAACACAUGAACUUGUAAAGAAGAUAAAGAAAGACAUCCAUGUUUUGAUAUUGGAACUAAAAUGGUAAGGGCUUUGGCCAGAGUAAAGAACUGCUCAGUCGUAUAGAAAAGGCAUUCAGCUGUCACAUGUGUUUAUAUGAAAAGUAAAAGAAGCCCGCAGUAUCCAGGGUUGGUACUGUACACUGUGGUUUGGGUGUCACUGGAGGUCUUAAGGCGCGUAUCUUGGGACAGAACAAUGGAGAGUGGACAGCAGAAUUAAGUACACAUCUGGCAGAAGCUACCUGAGACCAUUCACCGGUCCUCUCUGGUAAUGCUGCAGCGCUGUUGUUUCUCACGGCUAUAGGGACACUGGCAUUGGCUUGUUGUCCACUUCAAACAGCAAACACCCCAAAAGCACUCUCAGUUUGGCAGUUUCAGGGACUGGAACCAGCUCUGGUGUUGAAAGCGGACAGUGCCUUUGGGGGCAAUGGCAUUUAUCCAUCUCUCACACUUGCUUCCUUGAUUCAUGAGUCCUGAAAUACAAGAUCGCAGCAAGUUCAGGUUACUUGCCAAGAACACUGUUUAACUCCUCUGGUCUUACUGGUGCAUGUCAAAAGCCAGACAUGGCUAAGAAAGAGAUCUUGGUGAAAAGGGUUUGAGCUGGGAAAGCUGCAAAGAUGUUAUAUAGUUUUGUUCCUUUUCUUUUGCUUGAGAUAGUCAUGAUAUUUGUACUGUUUUUAAAGUAGUUUAAAAAAGAGAAUUCUACUAAUGCAUAAUUAAGCUCCUUGUUUAUCUGAGGUACACAAUACAGUCAGCUUGCCAAGUGUAGAAGACUGGGAAGUGACUUCCCAGUCAAGAUAGUGGGCACAUCAACCCAUCCCACACUUCCUCCCACACCGUGGUCUGUGAUCUUUCAUGUGCCCUCCAUCCUCCAGAGACCUAUGUGUUAAAGGCUUUAUCACCCACUGCACUAUGGGAAGGGUGGAAACUUUGGGAAGUGGGUUCAGUGGCAGGCCUUUUGGCCACUAGAAAUGCACCCUGGAGGUGGGCAAUGAGGUCCCAGCCCCGCUGCAUUUUCCUUUCACUUUGUAGCCCUGAGGUGAGCAGCUAUAGUGUGUCAGUGUCACUUGUCUCUUGCUAUGAUGUGCUGCAGCUUCAGCGCAGGGCCCAAAGGCCUGCACAUCAGAGACUGGCGCUCCCCAAACUGUGUGCCCCAGUGUUUUCACUGUACGUGGAUUAGCUCAGACAGCUGUUUCAGUAACAGAAAGAAGACUGACACAUUUCCCCUGUCUGUCAUCUCUCCUCACCCCACGAUCUCACGGCCACUGAUCUGCUCUGUCACGGUGGAUCAUUUGCACUUCCUAAAACUUCACAUACAUGGAAUUGUACUUUCAAACAUGUCUUUUUUUCAACAUAAUCAUUUUGAGGCAGUAUAAUUUUGCACAUUGUUCCUGGUCGUUUCCCUCAGGCAAGCUCAUCAAUACUGGUUGAGUGUUCACAGUAGGAUCCACGGAGCUUGUGGGAAAUCUCCUCCCCCUAAUGUCCACUGUCCCUGGUGCCUCAGCUUAGUCUCUUCACUCUGGGGUUCUGCUGGUUCUGCGCUGCUCUCCUGGCCCUGAACCUGCAGUGUGUGGUGGCCAUAGGCCAGGCCCUUUGCUUCUCAUGUCAGUGCAGCUCUUAGACUGCCUCUGCUAUCAAGGCACCAGGGCAGCCUGCCUCCUGAGGUCCACUGCAGUUUUCACAACCCAACUUUCAAAUAAACAUGGAGGAAAGAUGAGAAUCCUUAACUCUUUGUUUGUUGAACACCAUUUAGCACCGGUAAGAAAGCAUCAACAACAGGAGGAAGUCCUGGAGAGCUGGCCCUUUUCCUUCAUGCUCAGCUCUCAUCGCUACCUCAGUCCGUGUGGAUUUACCCUCUGGAGUGGGAAGCUGGCCUACCUGGGGCCUGCAGUAGGUGAAGCAAGAGCACAAGGCUGCUGCUGGUUACAAACACACACGGGUGAGUGAUGUCAGCUCAGCCUGUAACUGUCCUGUCUCUGCACCAAAGAGAAGUUAGGGGACAGCUCUGAACCCACAGCAUGGAGACGACCUUCUGUCUCUAAGGCACUGAGAUCAACAACUAAUAAAUGGGACCUCAUGAAGCUGGAAAGCUUCUGCACAGCAAAGGACAAAGUAGUGGCCUACAGAAUGGGAAAACAUUUUUACCAACUACACAUUUGAUAGAGGGCUAAUAUCCAAAAUAUAUAAAGAACUAAUACAACUAAAUAUCAAGAAAACAAUCCAAUUUUUUAAAAAAUGCAAGAUACAGACCUAAUCAGAAUUCUCAAAAGAGGAGACUCAAAUAGUCAAGAACAAGGCAAUGUUCAACAUUCUCAGUCAUCAAGGAAAUGCAAAUGAAAUAACCCAAGAUUUCAUUUUAGAGUUGUUGGAAUGGCUAAGAUCAGUAACACAAGUGACAGCUCAAGCUGGUUAGGAUUACAGUAAGUGAAACACUGAUCUGUUGUUGAUGGAGGGCAAACUUGUACAGCCAGUGUGGAGAUCAGUGUAGUGUUCCUCAGAAAGAUGCAAUUAGCUACCUCACGAGACAGCUACACCAUUCUUAGACAUAUACCCAAAGGACACUUCAUUCUGCCACAGAAACACUCUCUCAGCCAUGUUUACUGCUACUCUAUUUAUUUAUAAUAACCAGAAACUGGAAACAACCUAGAUGUCCCUCGACAGAAGUGUGGGUAAAGUACAGGUACUACAGCUUCACAAUGGAGUAUUAUUUAGCUGUUUAAAAAGAAAAAAAGGAAGAAAUUCACAGGUAAAUAGAUGGACCUAGAAAAAGCAUCAUCCCAGUGAGGUAAUUCAGACCCAGAAAGACAAAUAUGGUGUGCGUAUUCUUACAUGUGGGUAGUUGCUGUUAUGUCAGUGACAGCGAAGCUAUGGUCCACAGAGCCACAGAGACUGGUUACCAGGGACAAGGUGGGACAGACAGAUUUUUGUAGGAAGAGGAAACAGAAUAGGUAGUUACGUAUAGACAGGGAGAGGGCUGGACCCAGGAGGAUCAGGUAGGAAGUGGAGACAAGUGAGAGGAGGUAGAGGACGCAGAGAACAGUGCUAAAAGUAGGGGCUUAGGAGGGGUAGAACAGAAACUGCCCAGGAGAAGCUGCCAAGAAGAUACACACAUGUGACGGCCAUUUAAAUGUUAUUGCUAAAAAAUGGGGGAGACAGAUCCCCAACUGAAUAUCUCUUGUCACCAACUGAAGCUUCCAAUAUCUGAAUUGGAGUACAUCUCAUUGAGUUGUUGGCCAAAGGUCCUAGGGGAAUCCCCAAACAAUGCAGGCUGUUGUCAAGACUACAGGCUGUUAGUCUGACGGCAAGGCCCGACUGCUGACGGGCACAGCUACACAGCUCACCCAGUUGAGGAAGUCAGCUGCUGCCUACAUAAAGCCUUCACGCCUCUUCUAGAUUCUUUGGCACAGGAAGGUACUCUGCACACUACCAAAGGAGAUACGUACACACCGACCCAGCCACCAACCUUUGAUCUACAAUGGUGUCCUGCCUGCAGGAUAUGCUGGUGCAGUGGUGGCUUAAGGAUCAGGCCCUGUUCCAUGGGAGAGAACACAGGACACUGCUUGAGUAACCAAGAACCUGAAACUAGAUAGGUUCAGGGAUGUGGAGAAAACCAAAUACUAUGGUUUAAAAACAAACAAAAAACAGCAAUAAAAUGACUCCUAAUGACAUUCUGCUGCACUCACAGAUCAGUCCCUUGCUCAGCCAUCCUCAGAGAAAGCUUCAUCCUGUAGCAGAAGGGAACAAUACCGACUCACUGCCAGUCAUCAGGCAGAGAGCGAAAGACUUGGAACACUCAGCCCCGAACGCAAGGUUUCCAUCAAAUCUCUCCCCUCAGGGCUCAGUGGAAGAAAGAGCAGAGUGUAAGAAUCCGAGGGGAUGGGGACACCAAGGAAACAAGGCCCUGUAAGUCCCCAUGAGCAAAGCUCCUAUGAACUCACAGACACUGAGGCAGCAUGCACACGGCUUGCAAGGGUCUACACAAUGUCCUCUGUGUAUAUAUAUUAUGGCUUCCAGGUUAGUGUUUUUAUGGAAUUCCUGAACAUAAGAAAGAGUAGGUCUCUGGUUCUUGUGGCUUCUAAUGGGUCUUUGUGUCAUCUGUUGUCCAAUGCUGAUGCUAUUUUAUACUUUAUUUUAUUAUUGUUUCUUAGAACCCUGUUUGUUUUCUAAGAGACGGGAAGUAGGUCUGGAUGGGAGGGGGUUAGGGGGAAGGAAAGUUGUAAUCAGGAUAUAUUAUGUGAGGAAAAAAGGAAACAAACGAGAACCACAAAUGACAUGAAAGGCUAAGACAGUGAGUUCCCCCAAAUCCAUCAAUUAGUAGAGAUGUUCUCCAGUGAGAAUUAUCUAGAUGGAUGCAACUUAAUGGGAUCAUCAAUAGAUGCCUGAAUGAUGCCCAAGAAAACACAAAUGUACCUAAUGAAAAAGGAAAGAAAA